CCUGUUUUGUUUUGUUUUUGUUUUGGAAACGUACAAUCUACAACGAACAGACUGCAAAGCGCAGUGAAGAAAGCACCAAAAAUUGAGUACGAAUCAGCCGUAAAAGUAGCUAAAGCAGCAGCAGUAAUAAAAGAAGGAAACGAAAUGUCUGAAUUACAAAUGGAUUGUGCGCUAGAUCUUAUGCGUCGUUUACCGCCGCAACAAAUUGAAAAGAAUUUAAUCGAUCUUAUUGAUUUAGCGCCGGAUCUUUGUGAAGAUUUAUUAUCCUCAGUAGAUCAACCUCUUAAAAUAGCCAAGGAUAAAGAGCAUGGUAAAGAUUAUUUAUUAUGCGAUUAUAAUCGAGAUGGGGACUCCUAUCGAUCGCCGUGGUCGAACACCUAUUAUCCACCAUUAGAAGAUGGGCAAAUGCCAUCAGAACGUUUAAGAAAAUUAGAGAUUGAAGCCAAUUAUGCCUUUGAUCAAUACCGUGAAAUGUACUAUGAGGGUGGUGUAUCAUCAGUAUAUCUAUGGGAUUUAGAUCAUGGUUUUGCAGCUGUGAUACUUAUUAAAAAAGCCGGUGAUGGUAGUAAAAAAAUUAGAGGUUGCUGGGAUUCUAUACAUGUCGUAGAAGUGCAAGAGAAACCAACAGGCAGAACGGCACAUUAUAAACUAACAUCAACUGCUAUGCUUUGGUUGCAAACAAAUAAACAAGGGUCAGGUACCAUGAAUUUGGGUGGCUCACUGACGCGUCAAGCAGAAUUAGAUGCAGCCGUAAGUGAAUCCUCGCCACAUAUAGCCAAUAUUGGUAAAAUGGUUGAAGAAAUGGAAAAUAAAAUACGAAACACAUUAAAUGAGAUAUAUUUUGGUAAGACCAAAGAUAUAGUCAACGGAUUAAGAAGUACACAGCCACUCGCAGAUCAAAGAGCACAAGUAGCAAUGAAGCAAGAUUUAGCUGCUGCAAUUUUAAGGCGUAAUGUUAAACCGGAUGCAAAUUAAACCCCUCUCCCCAAACUCACCUUCACGCCUAACAAAAACAACAAUUCAAACUGCAUACUGAUAUAUACACCCAUAUAUACACAUAUAGCGAUAAAGUAUGUUAAAAAGUCUACGAAAGACAAGUUAAGGAAGCGAGACAAAAAUAAUUUAAGUAGUAAAAAUUUCGUUAAGAUUUAAUAAAAUUAUUCUAAAAACAAUAGCAACAAAUUAUAUCUAAAUGAUGAUACAAUUAAUUGAUACUAAUCGAAGACUUAAGAAUAUACACACGAAUCAUAUAUGUAUUAAACGAAGAGCAGCGUUUCCCAAACGAAUUUACAUAACUGAGUCAUUUGCUGUAUACUUUUUUUCUAAUUUCAUCCUCCACCGCCACGGUCACGGUUACUAUCGCCCACGAUCACCAUCGUCCACGAUUAGCGUAAAUACCGUUCUGCAGUAUUCAUACAUAUAUAUAGAGAAAGAUAUUAAUGAUAAAA